AUGUCCGCUGCGCCGCCUGCUGCUCACCGCUUACCCACAGCAGCCACGGCGCCCGCCAGUCACGGCAGUCAGACGGUACUACAAACACAAGAAAGACAGAAUGCGCCUUCUGGGACACUACGUCUGCGUGUGGAGCCAGGAGAGUCGCGUCACAUACAAUGGGCGGAGGAUGUGAUUGACAAUGAAGGCAUGGGCAAGAAAUCAUCCAAAGUUUGCUGCAUCUACCACAAAACCACCGAGCCGGGCGACAGUGAAUCCGAUUCCAGUUCCAGUUCGGAUAGUGAUAGCGACAGCGAACCGGACUUGAGCCGUGCACAAAGAGCUGGAGGCCGAGGGCGUGGCAAGAGAAGUGGCGAGGGGAAGGACAAGGAGCGCAAGCCCAGUCCAAACGCAUACGAGCGGCAACCAAAGAACAAGAGCAAGAGUGAUGGUUGA